AUCAUCAUGUUAUAAUGCACCAAUUACUCCCGCUUGCGAUACGAAGGGUUUUGCCUAGACCUCUUACUCUUGUUUUGCUUGAGUUAAGUGCAAUCUUUAGACGGUUGUGCGGUAAGAAAGAAUCUGAAGCAUCAUUCAAGCAUUUGGAAUAUAGAAUUGCAUUGACCGUAUGUUAUUUGGAGAAAAUGCUCCCUCCUUCAUUCUUUGAUAUAACGGUUCACUUACUAGUUCAUCUCGCCCACGAGGCUGCUAUUGCUGGACCAGUCCAAUAUCGAUGGAUGUAUCCCAUUGAAAGGUAUUUACAAACAUUGAAACGAUAUGUUCGAAAUAAAAAUUAUCCGGAAGGAAGCAUUUGCAUAGGAUAUCUUGCAGACGAGGCUUUGGCAUUUUGCUCCAUGUACUUAUCAGACAUUGAGACUCGUCGUACUCGUCGUGGUCGUAAUGCCGAUGUUUCUACCCCUCGUGAAGGCUUGUCAAUCUUUGCAUACUCAGGUCGUUGUGUGGGUAAAGCCACACAAGUAGAUCUUGAAAGAAGUGUAUGGGAGCAAUGUCGCAAAUAUAUUUUGUUCAAUUGCACCGAAGUCUAUCCAUUUCUAGAAAAAAGGAUGGCGGAGUUGCGCAAAAUCCACCGACGAAAAACUGUUCGAGAAGUAGAGAAUUUGAGAAAUAAGGAAUUUCCUACUUGGUUCCAGAACCAUGUGAAUGAUUUGCAUGCAAAAGGCGAUUCUUCCGUAACGGAAGAUUUACGUCGACUUGCUAAUGGUCCUAAUAUGACUGUGAAGCAAUAUAAAACCUGCAUUGUUAAUGGUUGCAGAUUCCGGAUUAAAUCAGUUGAUGACAACCAUAAAAAUCAAAAUUGUGGUGUCUUUGUUUCUGCACAAACUUCAAGUUAUUCUAGUGUGAGGGACAACAAUCCGAUUACCGGUAAUGUCGACUACUAUGGAGUUUUAAAAAAUAUUUACGAAUGUGAUUAUGGUCUUCCUGGAGAGCCCGAAGGUCAUGGAUGUAAAGUGGUGUUAUUUGAUUGUGAUUGGGUCAGCAACUCUGGGAAGAAGCUUGAUAAUUAUGGUUUCACCUUAGUGAAUUUCAAACACUUGGCACACAACAACGAUACAUUUAUAACAGCUUCACAAGCUGUACAAGUGUUUUAUGUUUGUGAUCCAAAAGACAUGGAUUGGAAUGUUGCUGUUAAAUUAAGCCCGAGGGAUUUCUUUGAUGUCAUGGAGAGUGACGAUGGAUCAUCAAGUAUGUCCAACCCAUUAAAUUCAGAUGAUUAUUAUGCCGUACCAAAUCUUGAUGAUCGGGCACUAGACGAUGAAGAAUUACAAGUUAGAACUGAUAUCCGUGGAACCUUUGUUAAUAAGCAGUUACCACUACCAGUUGCUAAUGAUUUUGUAGGUAAUGAGGAAGAGCUUGGGGAUGAUGAUGAGGAAAACGAAGAUGAUGAAAGUGAGGACAGUGAAGAAGAAUUGAAUUAG